CCAGGAAGCGAGGGUCACCUCUUUGCGGAGAAUAAGUGGGUGGACGGCUAAACCUCGGUACGUUGACGGGUCCGUCGCGCAUUGAACAGUUUGUCGCGUUUACUCGCGCAGUUCUGGCCAGGUUGGAACUUUUUGGUUCGGUGUGCACUUCGAGUUCUUGAACACCUCAACCGAGUCCUCAAGUCAAGUCACAGGUCGCAGCCAUGGCUUCCAAAGACAAGUACUCGGUCAUUCUACCCACCUACAAUGAGCGGCAAAAUCUGCCCGUGCUGGUGCAGAUGCUCUCCGAAGUGUUUACCAAAGAGAAGUUGAAUUGGGAAGUCAUAAUCGUGGAUGAUGCCUCGCCAGAUGGCACUCUCGAACGAGCGAAAGAACUACAGAAGUCGUUUGGAUCAGAUCACAUCGUCCUAAAACCACGAGCAGGCAAACUGGGUCUGGGCACUGCCUAUGUCCACGGCUUGCAGUUUGUGAAGGGCAACUUCGUCAUAAUCAUGGACGCCGACUUUUCACACCACCCAAAGUUCAUCCCCGAGUUCAUCAAGGUUCAAAAGCAGACGGGCGCGGACAUUGUCACUGGCACUAGAUACAGGUCAAAACCUGGUCUUAUCGGUGGUGUUUACGGUUGGGAUGCGAAGAGGAAGUUGACGAGCCAGGGUGCCAACAUUCUUGCGGAUUUCUUGCUAAACCCGGGCGUCAGUGACCUCACUGGUUCGUUCAGACUAUACAAGAAAGAGGCACUUUCAAGUGUUAUCUCGAAGACGCAGUCAAAAGGCUAUACCUUUCAAAUGGAGAUGAUGGUCCGCGCGAAGGCCAUGGGCCUACACGUCGAGGAAUGUCCCAUCACAUUUGUGGACAGAGUGUACGGUGAAAGCAAGCUGGGCGGAGAAGAGAUUGUGGAAUAUCUCAAGGGAUUACUGUGGCUAUGGUGGACUGUCUAGUUUCGGAGGAUAUGUAAGGACUUAAAGAGCGGAAUCGGCGUUCACGGCAUGGCAGGAGUUGGAAUGUCCCGCACAGUCCUCUGGAUGCAUAUCUUUGCUGGUUACUUUUCAUCUUCAUCAAGCUCGCUAUCAUUGUGGAAAAUGACAAUGCCGAACAGCGAGCAACAACCGUGGACUACUGCUCCCCGCACCGAACAGGCCAUGCUGGGGCAGUCUUUCGUCAAGUGCUUUCGCGUUUGAUACCUCUUUCGGGAUUCGCUAGGCCACUUCGCCGAGUACGAGAAUGACAACCUGGAAACAACGGCAAUCGUAGGGACGUAUAUUGUCUGACUGAUACCA